AAAAGGCCAUCAUCUGCCGGUGUGAAAAUAUGUAGUUUUUCUUUCCCUUAUACAGUCGAAACUUUUACACAUAGUGAAAAUGCCUAAUCCGAAAGAUACACCUAAUCCUUAUGGCCACCCUGUCUAUAAGAAUUGGGUGAGGCAAUCACCAGAGGAGAGGGUGAAGGGGUUGAUGAAGGCGCAUGGGACUGCUGCGGAUGAACCGCGCUUCAGCGAUCUCCUCUACCACCCCACAGAAGGCUCUCUCCCAGUAAAUCUGGUCUCCGUCACAAAAACCUCCCCAACAACAGCUUCCGCAAUCUUCACCUUCACAAUCCCCGCUUAUUACACAAACGGCUGGCUGAACAUGCACGGCGCAGCCCAAACACUAAUCUACGACAACCUGACCACCUUGGCUCUCGCGCCAAUCUCGAAACCCGGAUUUUGGAUGUUGGGAGGUGUGAGUAGAGUGUUGGAUGUCAAGUUUUUGAGACCGGCGGGGGUAGGGGAGAAAGUUACGGUGGAGGUGGAGGUUGUCCAUGUGGGUAGGGCGGCGGCGAGUUUGAGGGGUGUGAUGAAGGAUGGUAAGGGUAGGGUGUUGAGUACGUGUGAGCAUGACAAGAGUAAUAUUGAUCCGGAGGUUGCGAAGUUGUAGAAGCGACUUUUGAUAUGCAAUGUAGUUGUCC